AUCCAGGAGGAGUUCAUGCAGGCCCUGUACAGCGCACUAGACCAGAGCAAAGUCGGCAUCUUUGAAAGUCCAACUGGAACGGGCAAGUCUCUGAGUCUGAUAUGUGGAGCGCUGAGCUGGCUCACAGACUUUGAGGAGAGGAGAAGAAAGGAGACAGCUGCUCUGCUGGAGGAAAGAGAGACAGUCCUUUCUUCCUCUGUUGCCGAGGCGUCCACUGCCAGCUUGUCAGCAGAGCCUGACUGGAUCACAGAUUUUGUUCAGAAAAAGGCAGAACGUGAUUUGGUGUCAAAGUUAAAGGAGGAUGAAUUGAAAAGAAAGAAGAGGGAGGAGCGGUUAGAAAUGAUCAGGAACAACGCUCAACUAAAGUAUGCAAUGAAAAGAAAGAGCUGUGAAGAGGAUGAGGCAUUUAAGUUGCUUCAGCUCAGCAAAGAGGAACAAACGGAGACCCCAGGAGAUGAAGAAGAUGAGGAGCUUGUCAUUGCAGAAUAUGAAAGUGAUGACGAGUCAAAGUCCAAGAGCAGAUUCUGCGGGGCUGAGGAAGAAGAGGAUGAUGAACUGGUGGAAGAACAUGUCACAAAGAUUUACUACUGCAGUCGCACUCACUCCCAGCUGGCCCAAUUUGUCCACGAGGUUCAGAAGAGCCCCUUCAGCAAGAACAUCAGUCUGGUCACGCUGGGCUCACGGCAGAAUCUCUGUGUCAAUGAGGAGGUGCGGCACCUGGGCAGCGUUCAGCGCAUUAACGACCGCUGCAUGGAGAUGCAGAAAAACAAACAUGAAAAACAGCAUCAUGAGGAGGGUGUGAAGCGUAAGCGAGGUCAUGCAAAGGCUGUGUGUCCCUACUAUAAGGCCUCAGCACUCCAGCAGAUGAGGGAUGAUGUUCUGGGGACCGUGCACGAUAUAGAGCAGCUCCUGAAGCUUGGCAAGGAGAAGCAUUCAUGUCCUUACUAUGCCUCACGUCUCGCUAUUCCCCCUGCACAGCUGGUAGUGUUGCCCUAUCAGAUGGUGCUUCAUGAAGCUACAAGAAAAGCAGCAGGGAUUCAGCUGAAGGGACAGGUGAUGAUAAUAGACGAAGCCCAUAAUCUGAGUGACACACUCUCCUGUAUACACAGUGCAGAACUCACUGGAGCUCAGCUUUGCCGUGCCCACGCUCAGCUCACCCAGUAUGCUGACCGCUUCAAGGGCCGGCUGAAGGCGAAGAACCUGAUGUACAUAAAACAGAUUCUGUUUGUGAUUGAGGGACUUGUGCGGGUGCUUGGAGGUAAAGUGGGACAGAAUCCACAAAGCCAGCCAACACAAGCAGGAACAGAGAUGCUCACGAUUAACAACUUCCUCUUCAAGGCUCAGAUCGACAACAUCAACUUGUUUAAGUUACAGAAAUACUUUGAGAAGAGCAUGAUCAGCAGAAAACUGGGUGGUUUUGUGGAGAAGUACGCAGGUUCGGGUAUGAGUGUGCACACUCAGAGCAGCUCCAACAAGGAGAACAGACGCACAGAGGGCUUAAACCGCUAUCUUCAAACACUACAGAGCAACCAGAGUGGUGCAACAGUUCCUUCAGACGACCAGCAGGGGUCUGUAGAGGCAGAGAAAGUGCUCUCUGCGUCUCCCAUGAUGCAGAUAGAGGGGUUCUUCAUGUCUCUCACCAACAGCAAUGCUGACGGAAGAGUGGUGUUGCACAGACAAGGUACUUUAUCAGAGAGCAGUGUCAAGUUCCUUCUGUUGAAUCCGGCAGUCCACUUUGCCCAAGUGUUGAAGGAGUGCAGAGCAGUCAUCAUUGCCGGAGGAACCAUGCAGCCCGUUUCAGACUUCAAACAAGAGCUACUGUUUUCUGCCGGAGUGGGAGAGGAGCGCAUCACUGAGUUUUCCUGUGGUCAUGUAAUUCCUCCUGAGAACAUCCUUCCCAUCGUCUUGUGCAGCGGUCCAUCUGGUCAGGAGCUUGAAUUUACUUUCCAAAACCGAGACUCUCCACGCAUGAUGGACGAGACGGGACGCAUCCUCUCCAACAUUUGUAACGUGGUACCAGGCGGUGUCGUGUGCUUCUUCCCUUCUUAUGAGUACUCGAGGCGUAUUGUUUCCCAUUGGGAGGCUAGUGGGACUCUGACUCGUCUGGCUAACAAGAAGAAGAUCUUCCAGGAGCCAAAGAAGGCCAGCCAAGUAGAGCAAGUGUUGAACGAGUUCUCCCGAUGUAUCCGGAGGUGUGUUCAAGACGGUGGCACACUCACAGGAGCGUUGCUGUUCUCUGUGGUGGGAGGAAAGAUGAGUGAGGGAAUCAAUUUCUCUGAUGACCUGGGCAGGUGUGUGGUGAUGGUGGGAAUGCCAUAUCCCAACAUCAAAUCUCCAGAGCUGCAGGAAAAGAUGACUUAUCUGGACAAACACCUGUGUCACAGUGGAGGAAAGAGCCCUGGACAAGCACUCAUAGAAAACCUCUGCAUGAAAGCUGUCAAUCAGUCCAUAGGAAGAGCUAUCCGUCACCGUGGUGACUAUUCCUCCAUUGUGCUGUGUGACAGGCGGUACUCUCGACCUGCUACACUCUCUAAACUUCCUACAUGGAUCAAAGAUCGCACUAGCACCCAUCAAAGUUUCGGCCCUGCUUUCGCUGCCUUGCGGAAGUUCUUCCUGGAGAAAAAGCAAAAGCAGGUGUAG